UCUUUACAUUCACAAAAGGCUGGUAUUGGCCGCCGAGGCCCGGACGGAUAUAUUCCGCUGCAUAAUCUUACCCCGUGACACUGGCAGUCCGCGCCUAGAGUGAAGUAGUGAGCCUGUAGAGUGUGGACUCAACUUUUCAGAGAGAGAGAGAUGGAGAAGUAUUUUGGUAAUCCAUAUCGUGGUGACCCGGGCGUUCCGCACACUGAUCCUGAACGAUUCGUGAACAUAUGGAUUGGUUCGUUCGUGUUCUCUGCGAUAACCUGGUUCCAUCCAUACAUGUGGCAACUCUCAAAUCAAUACAACUGGCAUGAUCGGGCAAUGCUAUUUGAGCAGUACCACUGGAAGAAAGCACUGAAGAAGAGGCAGCCAUAUAAAUUCAAGUGGAACCAGUACAUGAACAAGGACCUUCGGGAUUCAUACUAUUUCAACUGGCCAGUGUACUUUCCCUAGAACAUGUCCCAUAUGUGCCUAGGUGUGGUAGCUUUACUAAUGCAGAUUCUGUUCUUCUUUUCCUUUUUUUUUUCCAGUCCAUAUGUCGAAGGAGUGAAUCAUCCUAAAAAGGGAUUGUUUACCUUAUUCUGUGGUUCUAGAUCUUUAAAGCAGCAGGUUUUCUGUUCUAGCUAGUCUCCUUGUGUUGUGAUGCCUUUGGACGAAAUAAUUUUGUUGCCUCCAAUCAGCUGUCCUGUUGAAGUAUUUAGUAUGCCCUCCGGGCACUUAAGAGCUUGUCUAUUUUUAGAA